GUCACGUGGUUUCCGGCUUCGUCAGACAGCAGAGCUACAUUGUAAACACACGGCGUCCAUUUUCAAAAACCCCGUCCCGAGAAACGUCGCACAUCACCGCUGAACAUGGGGGCCGUUCUCGGGCUUUGUUCCAUGGCCAGUUGGAUCCCUUGCCUUUGCGGCAGCGCUCCCUGCCUGCUGUGCAGAUGCUGCCCGAGCGGAAACAACUCCACGGUCACUCGGCUGAUCUACGCCUUCUUCAUGCUGCUGGGGGUGGGCAUCGCCUGCAUCAUGCUCAUGCCGGGCAUGGAGGGGCACCUGAAGAAGAUUCCGGGCUUUUGUGAAGGAGGGAUGGGCUCGUCCAUCCCGGGAGUGGAGGGUCACGUGAACUGCGACGUGCUGGUGGGCUAUAAGGCCGUGUAUCGCGUGUGCUUCGGGAUGGCCAUGUUUUUCCUGCUUUUCUCUCUCAUCAUGGUAAAGGUCAAGAGCAGCCAGGAUCCGAGAGCCGCUGUGCAUAACGGGUUUUGGUUUUUCAAGUUCGCGGCUGCCACUGCUAUUACAGUCGGGGCUUUCUUCAUUCCCGAAGGCCCUUUUACUACGGUCUGGUUUUACAUAGGCAUGUCUGGAGCGUUUUGUUUCAUCCUCAUCCAGCUGGUGCUCUUGAUCGACUUUGCUCAUUCUUGGAACGAGUCCUGGGUGGAGAAAAUGGAGGAGGGAAACUCUCGCUGCUGGUAUGCAGCUCUUCUGUCUGCGACGGCCGUCAACUACGCUCUGUCACUGGUGUCUCUGGUCUUGUUCUACGUGUAUUACACUCACUCUGAUGGCUGCACUGAGAACAAAGUCUUCAUCAGCAUCAACAUGCUGCUGUGCGUUGGUGCGUCCGUCAUGUCCAUCUUACCUAAAAUCCAGGAGUCUCAGCCCAGGUCUGGUCUCUUGCAGUCCUCCAUUGUUACUCUGUACACGAUGUAUCUGACCUGGUCUGCCAUGACCAACGAGCCCGACCGCAGAUGCAACCCCAGCUUGCUCGGCAUCAUCGGCCUCAACAGCACCACCCCUGCCGGCCAGGACCGCGUCGUUCAAUGGUGGGAUGCCCAGGGCAUUGUGGGAUUGAUCUUGUUCCUGAUGUGUGUGCUGUACUCCAGCAUCCGCAACUCCAGCAACGCCCAAGUGAACAAACUGACCCUCACCAGCGACGAGUCUGCCCUCAUCGAGGACGGCCCCGCUCCAGAGAACUUCGAAGUGGGCGACGACUCCAACCGCGCCGUUGACAACGAGAAGGAUGGAGUCACCUACAGCUACUCUUUCUUCCACUUCAUGCUCUUUUUGGCCUCCCUGUAUAUCAUGAUGACGCUGACAAACUGGUACAGCCCUGACUCCAACUAUGAGACGAUGACCAGCAGGUGGCCCUCUGUGUGGGUGAAGAUCACCUCCAGCUGGAUCUGCAUCUCUCUGUACGUGUGGACCCUGAUGGCUCCACUGGUCCUCACCAACCGUGACUUCGACUGAGACGACGGAUGGAAAAGAAAGCUCGCCGCUAGAAUCCGCCAUUACUUGUGUGAAUAUCCACAUGUAUAGGGUUAGGAGGGUCUAGAUGUAAAUACUUGUGAGUGUUUUGUUCGUUCAGCUGACCCUACAUGUGUUUUGUUUAGUUUUUUUUAACCUUGCAUGCUUUUAUGUAGCUAUAUAUAUAUAUAUAUAUAUAUAUAUAUGAGCUAAAAUGUAUGAAGAACAUGGCUUGGGUUUCCUGUGAUGUGAUGUUAAUAUUUCCUUCAAGAAAUUGUUCUUCAAAGUUAAGGAUAAAUUAAACUUCAUUAACAACCUCUGUACGGUUUUAAAAAGAAAUAAAUGACACGUAUCUUAAGUUAUUUGUGGCGAGUAGUGAUAAACGCAGGUCAUGUUUUCCCACCCAUCGCUUCCUAUAGAACGCACAUAUACAGUAGUGAAUUAGCAUGUGAGAAAUUUACAGGCAACUUAAAAUCGUAGAUUUUGUCAUGCUUCUCGCCUCUAUGAUUUGCACCGUUAACACGACUGUAAUUUUGAUAGUAACAGCGACUUGUUAGUUGUCUGCGCGCUGCUCGUUUUAAGCUUGUAGCCAAUGUGUGUUGAACAAUGUUUUGCACUGAAUAUAUUAUCCUUUGCUGAUAAAACCAGAAUAGAUGACUUGUUUUGCUUCACCCGUUAUUGUAGCCUAUUAAAAGGCACGAUGGCGGUUCAUUUAUUUUAUUUUUUUUUCUCCAUGUCAGUGUUAUUUUUUUGCCCUUUGACAAGUGCAUUGUAAUAACCAAAUAUGUCAUCCUAAUAAAGGUUUAAAACCCA